AGCAUAAACCCUAGGUGACCCUCCAUCUCUAGUCGAUUGGCACGUGGCAUCAGCAGCUCCCCUCUCUGGAUUUAUUUGUCCAACCCCCUUUCCACCACGCUAUACCCCUUCUCUCUGCAAAUUCUUCGUUACCAUUUUCCUCAUCCAAAUCUACUCAACAGAAAACAGAGGAUGCUACAACAGCCAUCAAUAGUCAGAAGCACAGAGAGCUCUCUGCUCACUUCCGCCACAGACGACGAAAUUCAUGUCGCUCAAAUUCUUCUGCAUAUGACCACCAUGAUCUGGGCCGGGUCGGGUCUCAAAUGGGGCAGCAAAAGGAGAAGAUCUAGAUCGGAUGAGCCAUAUCGGAAAACCGACGUCCGAGAAGAGAGGGCCAAGGCGGAGGCCAGCCCCGUCACUCCGCUCGCUUUCCUGCCCAGUGAAUCUGAUGACAACAAGUCCAACAAAACUUGCAAAAAAAGGGUCGCCUAUUUAUCUUAUCAAUGCACCUUUGUUUUGUUAUUUUCAUCAUAUUUGUAUCUAGAUUAUCAAUGCCUAUUUGUAUCUUAUGUUACUAUAAACUUUGUGCAGUCAAUGGAGGCGUAUGUUGACAUGAUUGAGGAAUUAAGUCAGCAGAGAGAUUUGCUUAGAGGGGAGAUUGAAAGCGUGACCAACUAUUACAACAAGUUGAUUAACCACAAUUCCCAACUCAAGGCAAUGAAGCAAGAGGCAUUAAAUUCUUGGCCAAGAAAAGAGGAGCCCAAAUUGGAAAGUAGGAAUCUUGCAAUGGAAAUAACCUCAAAAAAUGAAGAAAUGAGUUCCAGUGAAUGUGAACCGCUCGUUGAGGAUCAGAUGGCGGAGAUUUUUCGGCGCUCAUAUUUUGGGCCGAUUUCAGCCCAAUCGUAUAAUGGGCUUAAAUCAACCAAUCAUAUGGACCCCACUGGGAUCCCAGAUCUGAAUGUUUCUGCUGAAGAGAUAUCUCCGCCGUUGGAUUUGAAUGGUGAUAGACGGGCGAGAUUUGCUGAAGCGAGGAGGAGGAGAAUGGAUAUAAUUAGGGUUAAGUCUAUGCGGGCUGCUGCUUCUGUUUUUAAAUUCCCAAGAAACAGAUAAUAUUUGUUGAUGCAGGAUUUUAAUUUUGAAAAAUAGUUUUGCUUUUUGUUGAGAUUGAAGUACAACGGAAGUGUAAAUUUUUGUAGAAUUUUACAUGAUUUAUUAUAAUUUUAAUCAAGUUUAUGGA